GGUGGUACCAAGUGGUUGCGCAAGUUGAUGAGCAGAUUUUUCAAAACAACAACAAACCACGCCGCCAGGAAAACGUGCAGAAUUCGGGUUUUUCUGGGACAAUUAAGGGCCUGAUUUUAAUUCUGUAAAGUACAAAGAAAGGUGAACCAUGCGCGUUUUAACGGAUGCAAUUUGCGUUCGAGUGUUGUGUCGGGAAAAUGUUCUAGCUGCCAUCGGUAACCGGCUAAUAUUGCUGCAUCUUGAUGCAAACGGAACCACGCAGCGAACGUUUGCCGUUGUGCCAAGCUUGUUGGAUAAAAUUCACGGCAUCGUUGCCUGCCCGCUCACAGAAUCAACGUACCAGGUUGUGUUCCAUGCCGGCCCUGCGGUAUACAACACGGUUGUGGACUGUAGUACGCAUUCGUUCAGCGAGUGCACCAGGAUCGAGGUACGUGAAGAUGUACAACCACUUCCCGUGCCUCACAUCCGAAGGCGUGUAUCGGAUUGGAUCAGCAGCGUUUCCCUGCUUUCGCCUACUGAACUUUGCUUGCUGACCAGUCACGGGGUAGCGGUGUUGUUACACCGAUCUACCGAGAAACCGACGGAAUGGAGCAUGAUCGAUAAAUGCGCUUGUGAAGAUGGUUCUACACUCUACUGCUCCACGCUAAGUGGCCAACAGUGGGACCGGUUGGUGUGUUUUACCGGCACAGCACUAGGUUUGCUGCUUAUCUGGCGAGUUACUGGUGAUAAUCGGGGUAAAGUGAUGGAACGGAAAUCGGCCCAUAACGGAGUCAUCUUUUCGAUCGCUUGUGACUUCACGGCCGGCGUACUCACAACCACCUCCGAUGAUCGAUCGGUAAAAUUUUGGAAAAUACAACGUGCCGAUGCCAAAGACGACACGUCUCUGGUGGAGCUACACGAGGAACGUUACUGCUUUGCGCACACUGCGAGGGUGUUCCAGUGUCGCAUCAUCAAAAACGCCUUCAGACUUCUCGUCGCAACGAUAGGAGAAGACUCGCAUCUCUGCCUGUGGAAUAGGGAGGGUGAUUUGCUGUUGAAAAAGCAGCUGGAUGAAGGAGCAACCCUUUGGGGCAUGGAUUAUGAUCCGGAAACAACGACCAUCUUCGUCACGGCCAGCAAUGGCAAUGUACACAAGUACAGCAUCCAAAGUUGGAUGGAAGAAAGCCAACAAAGUUCCGAUAAACGAGACAUGAACGAUAUAAGCCCGACUUUGGCGGACGGAGAGCAUCUGGCGAAGAUUCGUUUCAUCCCACGGAACGGAAGCCUGGUGGCUGUGACAAACAAACAUUCAGUCGUAACCCUGAACAGCAACGGGACCGUCAUACAGACCAUUGCCAAGAUAGAUGCAUUCAAGUGUAGCAUUCUGGAUGUUGGAGAAUCCUUUCUAUACCUUGCCGGAGGCUGUACCGUUCAACUGUACAAAGUGACGAACGAGGGGCUCUCUGAACUGAUCACUUUAAAAACGAUUUUCUUCGAAGACAAGAUGCUUCUUGACGAACACGAAGAACAACUUCGUGAUGGGACAAUACGAUCCCUUAGCUACUGUAAGCAGUCGCGUAAUGUUGCCAUUUGUGACGGGUACGGACGCUGCUUGAUCUACGACGAAACGCUAUCGAAUGUUUUAUCGAAGCAUCGAAUUCCCAAGUCACCCGAAAGAUGGGUAACGUCGUUUGCAGUGCCUCGUGAAGGGUACUUCCUGUUGGCCGAUCGAUCCGGUCAUUUCUAUCUCUUUGGCGUUGAGCGUGUGCAGCCACUCUGUAGGUUAGCGAAUGUCCAUGGAAAGCUUGGCAUUACCUCGAUUGCGGUGGAAGCAGAAGAUGGCGACUUUGGAAACUAUCGUCUCACUACAACUGGUCAUGACGGACGCAUCUGUGAGUUGUAUCUUAGCACGAACGGUCCGAAACUGGAAUUGUUAACAUACAGCAAAACCCGUAUUAGUUGGAUCGAUCGCACGAUACCAAGCGGUUCCCAACGGUUCUACCUUGGCUUUAAUGAUUCCCAUUUCCUCAUGACGGACGAACGCAAUGAAAUCUGCUGUCAGUUUGAUUGCGGUGGCGGACAUCGUUGUUGGGAUUUCUUUUACGAUGAUCGCUUGAACGAGUUUACCUUCGUUUUCAUACAGCAUAAGAAGCUCAAACGGAUGCAGAUUACGUUAACGUGCAAUGUCGGUAGUGCACUCAGUUUACCGCGCCACAAGUGGCACACUCGGGCAUGCAAUGUUUUGCGUGUGAUACCUCGUAGCGACAAGAACUACCUGCUCGUUUCGGGUGGAGAAGAUAACAUUCUGCGGAUGAAUCUAUUCGCCAAUGGGCAACUGCUAGAAGAACCUCGGAAACACAUUUUUAGCCAUAUAUCAGGCAUCAAAACCAUCAUUGCGAGCCCACUGAAGGAAGAUCCGGAUCGACUGCUCGUCAUAUCAGCGGGUGGAAGGGCACAGAUAUGCCUCACCACCGUCAAAAUGCUGUCUUUGGGUCCCAAGCAGGAGUACGAGUACAUGUUGCUUGCCUCGGAUGCGGAACGGUGCCGCUGGAAAACGAAUCGUCAGUCAAGCUACGAUCCGGAAACCAAAUUCAUGUGCGCGGCUCGCGUUGGUGAAGAGCGGAUCGUUUUCGGUUGUUCCGAUGGGUUCGUUCGUAUUUACAAGCUCAACCGCACCGAGAGUCAGUGGUCAGUGGAGCUCGAAACGGAAACGUUUUACGGACGCUGCGUACUACAGACCGUACCAAUUGACGGUUGUGCAAUAGAGGGCAUGUUCGUAACCAUGGCUACCGACGGGUUCCUGUGCUUCUGGGACAUCACUGCACCGAAUGAGCCAGUGUACCGGCAUCGUCACCACAGCAGUGGUAUGAAUUCGGUUGAUGUACGGAUCGACGGAACGGGCAGUAUUCUAUUGGCCACCGGCGGUGAUGAUCAAUCGGUAAGCGUAUCACAGUUCGAAGUAACGACGCUCGAUGGUAGGAGACAGGUGAGGCAUGUAGCGGGACUAUGCGAAAAGUAUCUGCAUACGGCGCAAGUAACGGGAAUCAAACUAUUGAGUAGUGAUCGACUGAUCAGUGCCGGCGUUGAUCAACGAAUAUACACCAGCAGCUUUACCGGGUUUUCCGCACUAACGGUGACCGGAAGUACGAGCACGUGCGUGGCGGAUGUGAAGGGAAUAUCGCACAUUCCCGAGCGCAAUGAACUCAUCGUGUACGGUUGUGGCAUAGAAGUGAUCAAUCUUUCAAACUUAUGAUACCAUGUUGUCAGGUCUAGUCCUUCUCAGCGAAGAAAACUUUAUCAAUAAAGAAUA